AUGUCCACCUCAAGUCAACCGAUAACCCCCUCCGUCUUCGCCGAAGCCAUCAAGGAACUCCCUUUGGAAUCUCUCCACGCCGAAGCCGCCAAGCUCACAAACGACAUGGCCAAACUGAUAGAAUCCAACGUAGCGCUGGAAGCGGAAAAGGCCGUCGAGACGGAGGAAGGCAUCAAGUUCCUGGACGACGUGAUCGCGGAGAACGAAGGCGUGGUGAGGUGGAAAGAAGAGCGCAUCGAGCUGUUGAAGGUGGAGGUGGAGAAUCGUGGGCAAAUUUGGGUGGAUCCUAGGAAGGCUGGAGAGGAGGAGGGGGAGCAUCAGAAUGGUCAGCAGAGGUCGCGAGUGAAUGGGGCUGGGAAUGAUACUGCUGCCCUUCAUGGGCAACACGGGCGAGCAGUGGACGGUGACGAGGGGGUGUAUCUGUGA